AUGAAGUACGAGUGCUGCCCGAACAAGUACACUUUGUUAUGGAUUACACUCUAUCUGCGACGCAAACCGUUAUUUUAUAUAAUAAAUCUUAUCAUCCCAACCAGCAUUAUCACACUGAUCGCUAUUGUCGGUUUUUUUACGACAUCAACCGCAAGUGGAAUGCGAGAAGAGAAGGUUUCGCUCGGCAUCACGACGCUGCUGUCGAUGUCCAUUCUCAUGCUGAUGGUCUCCGAUCAGAUGCCAACAACUUCCUCGUUUAUCCCGCUGAUUGGCUAG